AUGGCAGAUACUAGCACUGCUGUGAAAAGCACUUCCCAACAUGAUGUGAUUAUGAUUACUCAAAUUCCGGGAGCGAAGGAGAGGAGUGAACAAGAAUUCAUGGCCCUGGCAACUGGUGCUGGAUUUAGUGGCAUCAGAUAUGAAUGUUUUGUUGUACGGGUGGUCAGGGUUCUUCUUAAUUGUCCAGUAAGAGGUGUAUUCUUUGGUGAAGACGUCCAAAACCAUGCAAUUGAAGAGGCCGUGAUCGACAACAUGUUGAAAGUAGCAAGGGAGUCUUUUCAUCUGCCAGAAAGUGAAAGGCUCAAGUGUUUCUUCGACGACCCGUUGAAGACCACAAGACUGUCCACCAGUUUCAAUGUCAAAAUUGAGGAGGUCUCCAGCUGGAGAGAUUACUUGCGAAUAUAUUGUUUUGAUGGCAUACGCAUUCUAAGAAACUACUUUCAACGAUUCAACCAUUUGAAAUUUUGCAGGGAAGAUGUGGCUGAGUAUUGCAGGAAUGUGAAAGGAUUAGCAGAGAGACUUCUGGAAGCCAUAUUAGAAAGCUUAGGCUUAGAAAAGGAUUACAUGAACAGGGCAUUGGGGAAGCAUGGGCAGCACAUGGCCAUCAAUUACUAUCCUGAAUGCCCUCAGCCGGAGCUGACCUAUGGCUUACCUGGUCAUGCUGAUCCUAAUGUCGUCACCUUUCUCCUUCAAGAUGAUGUGGCAGGCUUCCAGGUCUUCAACAAUGGCAGAUGGGUUGCAGUCAAGCCCAUGCCACAUACGUUCAUUGUCAACAUUGGUGAUCAAAUGCAGGUCAGCAAAAUCAAAUCCCCAUUUAUUGAACCUAUUCAAUAA